GACGGGGAUUUUGCAGUCACCCACCUGACUAAAGCCCACCUCUUCUACGACGGUCGGAUUAAAUGGAUGCCUCCCGCCAUCUACAAAAGCUCCUGCAGCAUCGACGUCACCUUCUUCCCCUUUGACCAGCAGAACUGCACCAUGAAAUUUGGUUCCUGGACUUACGACAAGGCCAAGAUUGACUUAGAGAGCAUGCAUCGCCACGUGGAUCAGCUGGACUACUGGGAGAGUGGAGAAUGGGUAAUCAUCAAUGCUGUGGGCAACUACAACAUCAAGAAGUAUGAAUGCUGUUCAGAGAUCUACCCAGACAUCACCUAUUCCUUCAUCAUCAGGCGUCUCCCUCUGUUCUACACCAUCAACUUGAUUAUUCCUUGCCUUCUGAUCUCGUGCUUGACCGUCUUGGUCUUCUACUUGCCUUCUGAGUGUGGGGAGAAGAUCACCCUGUGCAUCUCUGUCCUGCUGUCCUUGACGGUCUUCCUUCUUCUCAUUACCGAGAUCAUCCCCUCAACCUCUUUGGUCAUCCCCUUGAUCGGAGAGUACCUUCUCUUCACCAUGAUCUUUGUCACGUUGUCCAUCAUCAUCACCGUCUUCGUGCUGAAUGUCCACCACCGUUCCCCUCGGACCCACACCAUGCCCGCUUGGGUGCGACGGGUCUUCCUUGACGUCGUCCCACGUCUUCUCUUCAUGAAACGCCCGUCGAUGGUCAAGGACAACUGCAAGAAGCUCAUCGAAUCCAUGCACAAAAUCGCCAACAACUCACAACCGUUAUGGUCGGAGACGGAAGUGGAGCCCAACUUUAUCACCUCGUCAUCCAACAGCCCUCAGAGCAAUGAGCAGUCCCCUACAUCGUCCUUUGGAACCCACCCCGAAGAUCAAAAAAGUCCUCAGCCGGUGUGUAAGUCGCCCUCGGGCCAGUAUUCAAUGCUGCGCCCCGAACCCAUCCGAGCCAGUUGCACCUCCCUCCAGCCUCCCAGUCACCCCCUUGGAGACCUUCAGUCGAGCUCCAUUGGCAAAGGCCGAUCCCUAAGCGUCCAGCAGAUGUACAGCAGUCCAGGAAAAGCAGAAGAAGGCACCAUACGUUACCGAUCCAAGAGCAUCCAAUAUUGCUAUUUGCAAGAAGAAGCUUCCCAGACCAACGGCCAAUCUAGUGGGUCACCAGCGUCCCCACAGUGCCAUCUGAAUGCGGACCAGCCUAAAGUCAAAGCCACCCACUGUAAAUGUAAAUGUAAAAAGAAGGAAACAGCCAGCACAUCAAGAGAAGGGAGCAAAACGCUUAAAGAGCAACAGUUUUUGCUGAUGUCCCCUGCCUUGAAGUUAGCCGUGGAAGGCGUGCAUUAUAUCGCAGACCACUUGAGAGCGGAAGAUGCUGAUUUUUCA